CCCCCCCCGAGCGCCAAUCCGACGCUCUCUGAGCGAGUGUGUGUUGGCUGUAGCGGAGUGUGUGCAGCGGAGAGACGGAGAGAGAGAGAGCGCAGCGUGUGUGUGUAAGGAUGAGUGUGAGCAGAGCAGACUUGCGUGUUUCACCCCCCCGCAGCCUGGAGCUCAAACACAACUACAACUCCAAUUCUGAGAAACCACAUCACCCACAAUCCCCCACCACCGUAUCACCUGACUUCAGACAAGACAUCAGCAUGGUGGAGCAGAGGAAGAGGGUCACACACACACUGCAGAGUCCGGACUUUAAGGAUGAGCUGGAGUGUUUGGUGAAGGAGCAGAGUGCUAAAGGUGGUGGGAUAUUCACCCUGAACCACAUCGCUGACCUUAUCAUCAACAACACACUCACACACACUUCAACAUACAGCUCCAACGGUGUGGGUUCUGUUAGCCCGGUGAAUGAUGUGUGUGGGCUGGAGUGGGUCUCUAAAGCUGAGAGACAGAGUCGCUGCAAACUGGCCAGCCUGUACCGCCUGCUGGACCUGUACGGAUACACACAGUUUACCAACGCAUAUAUUACUGUGCGUGUUUGUAGAGAGCAGGAUCAUGUUCUUAUUCUUCCUCAGGGUCUCUCAUUCUCUGAGGCAACAGCAGCUAGUCUGAUGAAAGUGAAUCUGAUUGGUCAGGUGGUGGAACACGGCUCGACAGGAUUGGGUGUUGAUGAUACAGCGUUUAAACUCCAUGCCGCUGUCUACUCCGCUCGCCCCGACGCAAAGUGUGUUAUACACACACACACACCUGCUACUGCUGCUAUUUCCUCUAUGAAGUGUGGUAUUUUACCAAUCUCCCAUGAAGCUCUGCUGCUGGGGGAGGUAUCCUACUUCAGUUACCAUGGUGAGUUAGAUGAUGGACAGGAGAUGGUGGAGCUUCAGAAGGCCCUGGGUCCGACCGCAAAGGUGUUAGUGUUGAGGAAUCAUGGUCUGCUGGCGUUUGGAGAAACAAUUGAAGAAGCUUUUCAUUACGCAUACCAUGGUCAGCAAGCCUGCGAAAUACAGGUGUGUGCUGUGCUGUGUGCGGGUGGUGUGGAGAACCUGUGUGUGGUGGAUAGAGAGUGUGUGAAGGUGGUUCCCUCAGCUGGUGGAGAGAUGGAGGAUGGAGAGAUCAGAUGGAGAGUGGGGGAGGCGGAGUUUGAGUCUCUAAUGAGGAUGAUGGACAACCUGGGUUACCGUACAGGUUAUGCUUACCGCCAUCCCAUAGUUAAAGUGAAACCUCAAAACCGUAAUGAUGUGGAGAUCCCAGCAACUGUUACCGGGGUUGGGCAGGACGAACAGGACACGUUUCCAUGGAGCAGCAUCGCGCUGCAGGGUGUGAGGAGGGACAGGGGGAGGAUGCUGUGGCUGAACUCACCAAACAGCUACACCAAAAUACAGGACAACACGUGGACGGGCAGCUGUAAGGGCACCCCCAUCAGAAUCGAGGACCCCAACCAGUUUGUUCCUUUAAAUACAGACCCAGCGGAGGUUCUGGAGAAACGGAACAAGAUCCGGGAGCAGAACCGAGUGGACCUGAUGACCGCAGGGCCGAAGUCUCAACUAUUGGCCAAUAUCGUUAUAGACACGCCCCCUGGACCUGCUUUCAUCUAUGAGGAUGAGGAGGAGGCGGCUGCUCUGCCCCCAAAUCCCUUCAGCCAAUCAGACACUGAGUUAGAGGAGUAUACACAGAGCAUAGAGAAUAAACUCAACCAAUCAGAGGCCGAUGACAUCACUGAUGUUGAAGAAACGACGACAACGACGUAUGGCUCUACGGUCUCCCUCUCAUUCUCUCCACUGAAGAGUCCAGAAAGAGGAGACGCUCUGUCGGCUCUGCUGCUAAACGAGCAAGACGAUGAUGAUGUCACUCUGCAGGUCACUGAAGUUAGCAUCUCUAAGGAGAUGGAGGUUUCCAUAACAACCGUCGUCGCUGACAACAUCCCGGAAACUGAGCCAACAGAUGGCCAAUCAAAGAGCCCGAAAAAGAAAAAAAAGAAAUUUCGCACCCCGUCCUUCCUGAAAAUGAGUAAAAAGAAACCAAAGGAAAAGGGAAAAGAUAAAGAGAGAGAAAAGAGUAAA